ACAAAUGGGUGAGAAUUUACAAAGCAGAAAAGGCAGCUGCACUACAGCAGUUAAUGUGCAAACGCGGUAAUGAUGUACUGAAUGUGUGUUGCUACAUUAUGUCCAGGUUGGCAUCAUCAUUAUUACCAUCUCCUUGAAGGUCUUUGAGGGGUCCUCGGAGUCGGGUGGCUGAGUCUGCAUCUUUAUCUCAUGUCAGACUCAUAAAACAGUCUUCUGUUUACCCACCCCUGUCGUUGGGGCAUGUGUGCCUUGUAGUGCAGCAGUGAUUAGUGGCUGCAGUGGUAAAGAGCGAGGUGGGCUUUAGGGUGGUCGAUCUUACGCUGAUUUCAGCUGAGCAGAGACAGAGAGUGAGGGAGGUUCAUCAGAGUUUUAUCGUCGCCUAAGUUUAGAUCUUGGCUCGCCGACGGCUUCUCGAGUAACAAGGGCUGCAGGCUGGCUUCAGCCACUCCACACUGAGACAGUAACACAGCUCCUCACACAGCUUUAAAGGCAGGAGAGUGGAGUCACAGAAGAGUGGCAAGUUAGAAGAAAAUAAGUCCAGAGGCAGAGGAGGGGCCUCUCCGCAUCAAACACUGUCAUAUAAUAAGACAUUUCACGCAGAGGACACAGACCAAGACACAGGAAGACCACAAAGUGGACUAAACGGCUGGUAACCCAUCCUUCAGCACAUCCGUUCAUCUCUAAAUCUCAAAGUGCAGAGAUUUAGACCAUGACAGAGGACGCAGAGGUGGAGAGUGAACUGCCUCCAAAACCCGAGAGUGAGAAACCAGCUCCACAUUUUCUACGAGAUGUUAUCUUCCACGGCAAGUUCGGGCUGCUAAAAGCCCUGACUCCAGAGGAGAACAGCCAGAGCCAACAAGGCCUUUACUUCCAGGACGGUCAGCGGCGUGUGGACUAUGUCCUCACCUACCACAUCAAGAAGCCGGGUACAGGUCGCUCCUAUCGACACUCAACAUACUUGCUGACGGAAAACGCUGUGGCUCGCAGCCUCCGACGCAGCACCCACCGGCGUGACAGACGGGCCAGACAUCACCAAGCACAGACCGCGAAAGCUCAGCCCUCAUCGGCAGUGACUGAUGUGGAGCUGGGCAACGCCGGAGAGAAUCUUAACGGUCACGAUGACAACAAGGCCUUCAGGAGGGAGGAGUUUGAAGGGAAACUCAGAGAUAUGGGGCUGGAGCUGGAGAAGGACGAAGAGGGCAGAAUCCCAGGGCUGGGCUUCGUGAAGAUUCAUGCUCCCUGGAAUGUUCUCUGUCGAGAGGCUGAAUUCAUGAAGCUGAAGAUGCCGACCAAGAAGGUGUACGAAGUCAAAGACUGCAGCGGUGUCAUGGAGAAGAUCAACUCUUUGGUCAGUAAAGCUCUGGAGCCCCUGCAUCCUCAUGUUGAGGAGAGUCGACCCAAGAACAUCAAACACCUGUCACACACUUUCUCCAGGGACAAACAGCACUUGUUUGACCUCUCUGACAAAGACAGCUUCUUCGACAGCAAAACUCGGAGCUCGAUAGUGUUUGAAAUAUUGAAAAGAACAAAAUGUAAGGCCAAGUACAGCAUGGAACAUUUGAAAGGAUUUCAGUCCUUAGAUGUGGGGAAGCAGCAGGUUGUGACUUGGUGCCAAAGACAUCCCUUCAAAGAAGGAUUACUCCAAUGGAAACACUGCUUGCAAAAAUGGAGGAUAUCAGGUAUCAGCAGUCUGCUGGGCAGUGGUGUCUACACCGCUGCGUAUCCUCUUCAUGAUGGGAGAAUUAAUGAAGAGAGUGCAGACCUCGGUGACAGAAAGCUUUUAUAUGAAGAGUGGGCCAAUUAUGGUGUCUUCUACAAAUACCAGCCUAUUGGACUGGUGAGGAAGUACUUUGGUGAGAAGAUUGGUCUGUACUUUGCCUGGCUUGGUCUCUACACCCAGAUGCUGAUUCCUGCUUCUUUAGUCGGAGUCAUCGUCUUCCUCUAUGGCUGUGCGACAGUGGACGACAACAUACCAAGCAUGGAGAUCUGCCACCCCAAGAACAACAUCACCAUGUGCCCCCUGUGUGACAGAGUAUGCAGCUACUGGAAACUCAGCACAGCCUGUGGAACGGCUCGAGCCAGCCACCUGUUCGAUAACCCGGCCACUGUUUUCUUCUCUAUAUUCAUGGCACUGUGGGCUGCCAUGUUCAUGGAGCACUGGAAGAGGAGGCAGAUGAGACUGAACUACGAGUGGGACCUGACGGGCUUUGAAGAUGAGGAGGAAGCUCUGAAGGAUCAUCCCAGGGCUGAGUAUGAAUUCAAGGUGAUGAAAAAAUCAAUGAGCAAGGAUCAAAAAUCACAACAAAAGGUGGAAAAACUCACCCUUCAAGACCGCCUUCCCGCCUACAUGACGACCCUUGUCAUGAUGCUGUUAAUGAUUGGCGUCACAUUUGCCAUCGUGUUCGGCGUGAUCCUCUACAGGAUCUCCACCAAGGCAGCUCUCUACAUGAGCUCCAAUCCAGUUACAAGGAGCAACGCCCAGCUGACCGUUAAAACCACAGCAGCCAUCAUCAACCUGGUGGUCAUCCUCAUCCUGGACGAAGUGUACGGUGCUGUUGCCCGGUGGCUCACUGUCUUAGAGGUUCCUAAAACUGAUAAGAGUUUUGAAGAACGACUCAUCUUCAAGACCUUUAUUCUCAAGUUUUUUAAUGCUUUUACCCCAAUCAUCUACAUCGCUUUCUUCAGAGGAAGACUGGUGGGCAGACCAGGAAACUACCUGUAUGUGUUUGAGUCCUACAGAAUGGAAGAGUGCGCUCACGGAGGCUGUUUGAUGGAGCUGUGUAUACAGCUGAGUAUCACCAUGUUGGGGAAGCAGCUCAUCCAGAACAACCUGUUUGAAAUCGGAGUUCCAAAGCUGAAGAAGUUAAUUCGCUACAUUCGGUCAAAGCAAGGUGGAUACCAAGAAGAAGAAAGAAAGAAGAAACUGCUGAGAUACGAAACCGACCACUUCCUGGAGCCGUUUGCCGGGUUAACGCCAGAGUACAUGGAGAUGAUCAUCCAGUUUGGUUUCGUUACUCUGUUUGUGGCCUCCUUCCCUCUGGCUCCGCUCUUUGCUCUGCUCAACAACAUCAUUGAAAUACGACUGGAUGCCAAGAAGUUUGUGACUGAGUUGCGAAGGCCAGUGGCAGCUAGAGCCAAAGAUAUUGGUAUUUGGUACGACAUAUUAAGAGCCGUGGCAAAGGUGGCUGUCAUCAUAAAUGCCUUUGUCAUUUCCUUCACCUCAGACUUCAUUCCCCGGAUGGUCUACCAGUACAUGUACAGCCCCGACGGUUCCAUGCACGGGUUUGUGAAUCACACACUCUCCUACUUUAACGUCACCCACUUCCAGGAUGGAAAAGAACCCAUGGAUCCUGUUCAUUUGGGUUACCCUGUUGAGAUUUGCAGGUAUAAGGACUACAGAGACCCUCCCUGGUCUCCAACUCCAUAUGAAAUCUCCAAGGAGUUCUGGACGGUGUUGGCUGUGCGACUGGCUUUUGUUAUUGUUUUCCAGAAUGUAGUGCUGCUGAUGAACGAUGUGGUUGACUGGCUAAUACCGGACAUCCCCAAGGACAUCAGCCUCCAGAUCCACAAGGAGAAGAUCCUGCUGGUGGACCUCUUCAUGAAAGAGGAGCAAGGCAAGAUCCGUUUUCUGGAGAGAAGAGUCUCGGCUGGAGCCAAGGAGAACUGCAGCAGGAGCAACAACAAUAACUGCACUAAGGCUCACCCGCGCUCCGGACACACCAACAGCACCAAGAGCGUCUGAUGCUCUUCACGGCCGUCCGGCUCAGUCUGAGUUUGCAGGUUCAAAACUUGCAGUGGCCUCGCUCUCUCAGGCCAAAGUGAACUCUGUGAUUUAGUUCUUGUUCUAAACAUUCCAGCACCUUUGGAGGACGGUGGAUCGACAGCGUGUAAGGGAAGUAAACGUUGGGCCAAAUGCGGUGCAGCGUGAGUGGACAGCUGCCAAAUGUACACGUGCUUAAAACGGUCAAAAAUGACAGCGGUCUCUCCAGGUGUAGUCAGAUUUGUAAAGGCUUAGAGGAGGUUUUACCUUCAACUGAUAUGAAUUAAAAUGUUUUUAUUAUAUCUUACUGUAGCACGACUGACAUUACAAGGAGUCAGAUUUAUAUAAAAACACAAAAGAAAAGCAGAAGUAAAAAUGCUUGGACCUUUAUUUACUCUCAGUAGCUUCUAUUAGCUGCAUGUCUACAAUUAGUCUAUAAUGAUGUUGAGUGUCAUCAUCUGACCACUCUAACUGGGAUUCUAACCCUAACUCUAAAAAAAGGUGGACCUGGAAAAAGUCCCCGUAAAGACAGUGUCCCAACAACGAUGGUAUCUUCCUAAAACGUGUCCCCAUAAGUAUAGCUAUACCAACAUCCAGUACACACAUACACAGGGAGACGUUAACAGAUGGUAUAUUUUUGUCUUCCUCGUGUACUUACUGAAUACUGACUACCUGUGGUGCAGUACUGUCUGUGCUACGAGUCAACCUGGUCUUUUCAUAUUCACUGUUGUUGGACUUUAAUCCACAGCUUCGUAUUCUUUGUAUUUCAUGUUUGUUUUUUUCGGCCACUGUAAUCAAAACUUUUUAUUACCAAAGAAGAAAACAUUUUCUCUGUUGUACAUAAGUGUUAUUUUUGAAAUAUUUUUUUUGGUCUUGUUGCGUGUGACACAUUAAAUGUCAUCGUCUCAAUAAAAAUGGAAAGUACUGAUUGUGUGUGUGUGUUUGUGUGUGUGUGUGUUUGUGUGUGUGUGUGUGUGUGUGUGUGCUGCUUUGACUUUGCAAGUUCCUGAAAUCGAAAAAAGAAACUUCUCAAUUCUGCAGAAGUUUAUUCAGAAGAAAAUGCAAGUACAGCAAGUAUGAGAGUAUUUUCAUUCCUUUGACCUGAUGUUUGUAAUUAAAAAUCAGUUCAGUCAUAUAAAAACAAAUGUUUUACAGUGUAAUCUGUAAGACUUUUGUCUGAACAGUUUAAUCCGGAUUACAGAAAA